UGCUCUCACCCGAUUGAGUCGUUGUUCUACUGUCGAUUGCAACACUUCUGUGCCAGUUUGUUGUUAGUUAUUAUUUUGCCUUAGCUUUAGUAGCCAAAAGUAAUAUAUACAAAAUAUAUAAAAAAUAUACAAAAUACCAAAUAAAAAGUGAAAUAAGAAAACAAGGCGCUCCGCUUUUAUAACGAAACAAAGUGAGAUUCAGUGGUUUCGUCCGUUUCGCGUGUGUGACUCUGUGCUUUUAGCCAAGUGUUUGGUCUGGUCACCAGGCGAUCGACGUCUAUCUUACGGAUACAUUUCACAAGAAUUUGUAAUAAAAGAGAUCAUAGAUCCGAUUUGGUGUUAAUUGAGAAAUAACAACGGCUUUUCAUUAACCCAGGACAAAUACAAAAAAUAUUUUAAGGAAAGCGUCAACCGCACACUCCAGCGCCGAAAAAGCUCAAAGCAGCCACAAACCUUGGCCCACGUACUUAAAAGAGAAUAUAGUCGCAUAGUCAAAUAAAUAGCGCGAACUGAUUCAUUCAAAAAGCAAUUUAUAGUGAAUAAACUGCGAGUGAUUAUACUGGUUGUCGCAAUCUAGAUAUUAGUGUAUACUAAGACAAAAAACCAUAAGAGAACAAAAAAAAGCAAAAAGAAACCACAAGUCAUACGCAUAAAUCCAAAGGAUAUUCUGAGCCCAAAGGUAGUGAUUAAAAACCGUCAAAAUUCUUCCCUUUGCAAAUUUUAAAAUACAACCACAGCCAAUGCACAAGAUGGCAGCACCGGCCGGAGCAGCGCCGACGGCGGCACUUGAGGCCCCACUAUCCGCCCCAAAGUAUGGCACGCUUAUACCAAACAGAAUUUUCGUUGGCGGCAUAAGUGGCGACACAACGGAGUCGGAUUUGUGCCGCGUCUUUUCCGCUUAUGGCAAUGUGAAGUCUACCAAGAUCAUCGUGGAUCGUGCUGGAGUCAGCAAGGGUUACGGUUUCGUCACUUUCGAGACAGAACAAGAGGCUCAAAGGCUGCAGACGGAUGGUGAAUGUGUCGUGCUAAGGGAUCGAAAACUGAAUAUAGCUCCAGCUAUCAAGAAACAAUCGAUCGUUGCAACGAAUGGUGCUGUCUAUUAUACAACAACACCACCGGCCCCAAUUAGCAAUAUGCCCAUUGAUCAAUUCGCCGCCACGGUUUAUCCGCCAGUUACUGAUUUUACAGCAGCCGGCAUGCCAACAAUUUACCCACCUUCAAUGCAAUAUCAACCAUUUUAUCAAUACUAUAGUGUGCCAAUGGUCAGUGCGGCGAAUGUACCCACCAUUUGGCCACAGAAUUAUCAAGAUAUUUAAAGUAAACAGCAAACUAUCAAACGAACAAUAUGUGUGGAUCUGCGUAUGUUAGCUGAAGAGAUGGAGAAGAAUUCGGAGCGGUAUUAUUAAACCUAAAAACAAUAACCAGAAUAAGAAUAGUGUUAACUGAUUACAACGUGAUGUGAUCGCUACCAAGUAGCGAGAGCUCGUGGGGACGAACAACGAAAUUUGUCGUUUGGUUCAUAUAUAUAAAGCCGAAGAUGCUUCUAUAAACUGAGUGGCAUUUGCAAAACUACACGUACAUGAGAGACACAGAGGCUUUUAAAUAUUUUUUGUUACUUUUAAUUUUAUUUAGUAUAUUAGGCCUGGCAAAGCAAUAUUUUCUAAGCAAGAAUUUAAACCAAUGUAGGACAACGUGGUUGAUUGCAUAACUAUUUUUCUCUUUUUGAUUUUCCGACGGUACUACUCAGAAUAUUUCCCCUUCCUCUCAAAACUCAUUAUGUUUGUGACAAAUGACUAAAGAAACAACAACAUAAACUUAGCUAAAAUAUAUAUAAGUCCCAGCAUAAUUAAUAGCAACACAACAUCACUUACUAGCUGAAAUCUCUAUACUACCUAUUUCUUACAUUACCUUCGUUUGAUAUUGAUUUUUUAUUAUAUUUUCAUAUUUUCAAUUAGACUCUUUACAUGUGUAGAAUGAUAAACAAAAAUUGCAUUUAAAUUUCGAUUUGAAGUAACCAACACUAUUUUAAAUUAUGAAAAGAAAACCCACCCUUCAAAUUUUUUCAUUGUAAUUUAAUUAUGCAUUAACUACUUUAUUGAUUAUUUUGCUUGCAUUACAUAAAUUCGCUUUGGUCAAGUAAAAAUAACAUUAUCCCAUUCUCCUUAACCUUACAAUCGGCAUUUCAUACAAAUUGUAUUAUGUACUAGUAUGUUUUGUGAUCUCAAUGAUGAGUAUUGGUUAAUUGAAAUUUCUUUUAACAUUUGAAUUUAUGUCAUAUUUCUGUAUCGGAAAAUGUAUGAUGAUUUAAAAAACAAAAAACACUGAAACUAAAUAAUAAUACACAUAAAUAAAAAAACUAAACAAAUGCAAAAAUAACUGUUAUCAACGCUGAAUAAAUGAAAUAAAUAAUGUAACUACUUGAAGUUCUCAUUUCACGUCUGUACAAAGAAAUCGGAUCGGGUGUCAAUUCGCUUUAUAAUUACAUGAGUGUGCAUGUAACCUUACCUGAAAAAUAUGACUAGAGAUGAGCGUACAUUUAAUUCACAAAUAGCAUCGAUUCUCUGCUAUUUUCGUAGCGUCAGAGUGUCGCCUUUUUACAUCAGUUGUCCGUGGGCAGAUUUCCAUGAUGACAUUCAGACACCUAUUUUAGCGCCAUGUGGUAGUUUGACAGGUCACAACGGUGAAGCUAUAAUGCCUAAUAUAGAAAAAAUUCUUCGUUUGCAAUUCGCAUAUCGAUUUGUUUUCGCUGCUUUGCUUUCUCUCCCCAUCGUGCACCGAAAGAAAGCUUAAUCCCAAACUUUUUAUAAAAGAAUUUAAACAAUUUUGAAAUUAAUGGCUCAAAUUCAGCGAUUGUCUGCCAAUGAUUGUUUCAAUUAUUACUAAGAUUCAGCUUUUUUACUUAGGAAAGUACUAUCGACUGAUUUUAAAUACAAUAUUACACGGUCGCAAAAUAUAUAUUCCAGUUUGGAUUAUAAUCAACGAUUUUGGAACAGACAGUGAUUUAUAAGGACUUAGAUUUUAGAAUGGAUAUGAAGGCCUCCGUAAUGUGGUUAGGAUUUAUUUAGUUUGCUCUAGAUUAAUUGUUGAGAGAAAUGUUUUCGAUCCUUUAAUCUUUGGUAUAAUCAACGAGCGAGAGCUCUUAUAACUUCGAAGAAAGUUUAAUAUUUUCAUUCAUAUUUAAAUCUUUAUGAGAUAAAGCGGAAAUACCAUAGCAACUUAAAUGUUUUAUUUUCGUGUUCAUCAAUUUUGGUGUUUCUCUGUUUCUGUUAGUCUGAUUUUAAGCGCCGCAACCUUUUUUCGAUUAAUGACUAUAAAUUUGAAAAUAUUAUAUUGGAUAACGAAAGUGAAAGUCUUUGAAAGUAUGAAUAAAGUUCUGACACUUAUUUAGGAAUUAAUAUUCUUCAAUUGUACAUACAAUUUCGAACAUUACAUAGAAUGGGUCCUACGUAAGAUAUAUUUACUGGGAGUACAUUGACAGGCAGUAAGAAAGCACUAAUUGAAUGAUUGGGCUGUGGAAAAUACUUCAACUGUAAUUUUAAAAAUUUCCACUAUGAAAUAUCAAUUAUAAAUAUAAUAAAACUUGAGUAGCAAGUACCCGCAAAUGAGCAGAGGUUAGGGUGAAACACAAUUUGAAUUGCACAAAAGGCAUUUUUAGGUUUGGAAAAGUUCUGAAAACACGUACACUAAUUAAUAUACAUACAUAUAUAUAAAAUGUAAAUGCAAAUAAAGAAACUAAAUGUAACUACACGAAAGCGUAGAAAUUCAUGAAAUACUGAAUUAUAUACAUACAUAUACGGUUGUGUCAAAUUAUAUAAAUAAUUACGUACAGACUACAUGUAUAAGCAUACAUACAUAGAUUCAUAUGGUAAAUACUUGUAUGUAGGAAGCUAACAUAACAAAUAUAGGAUAUUAUAUUAUACAUAUUAUAUGUAUAUUGUAUAUUUUUUAAAUAAGUGGUAUAUUGAACAAAACGAAAACACAAAACAAACUCUAUACAAAUCUCGAUGUGGUCUAUUUAUCCUAAAAACAUUGUUUGACGCCCUCAAUAUACUUACAUAUGUAUAUAUAAGUGCGUGUACGUUUGUGCAGCCGUGUGUAAGUAUACGAAUUUGUUAAAGUUGUAAAGCAAAUAUGCAAUAUUAAGUAAUAUCUAAUAUUAUAGUAACACAAUAAAUAGUUUAACUUAAUUAUACAAAUUGAACAUAACAUAACUUUUGGCCUAGUAAGUGAACAUACAGCAAAUAUUAGCUGUAACUGAGUAUUAUUAUUAUUUUACAAGAAAAAAUUCAAAAAACUAUUAAAAAAAAUCUAGAAACUACUUAGAAAACUAAUUAAUGCUAUAAAGUAAUGAAAGACACUUGAGAAUCUUGAAUGAAACCAACAAAAACCGUUAGAGCUUAAUUACUCGUAUAAGUAAUCAAGUAAUCGCAUGCUUACAUAACCUCCCAUAUUUAAAAUUAUAGUUUUAAAAUAUUUAAAAUAAUUGGCAAAUUUCCCACAAUAUAAAAAUUAAAAGAAGCUAAUCUUUCAUUGAAUGUUUAUUUAAAAUUUUCAUUAACAAUAUUUUUAUGUAUUCAUUAGGCUACCUUAUUCACAGUAUCUAAAGAAAAAAUUUAAACGUUUUGUUUGGCCCACCCAUUUAUACAAAUUGCAAACCCGAAGAUUUCAAUUCCAAUUCAGAAACUUCAUGUCUCACCAUAUUGCGACAUACAAUUUGAAAAGAUAAACUAUUCUGGGGAUAUAUUUCGUAUUUUCAAAAACUUUUAGAAAUAUAGCUUUUAGAGAAAGACUCAAAAUAAUUGGAAAAUGUUUUCCGAGUAACCGUAGACACUAUAAAAUAUAUAUAUACUAUAAAAUAUAUAUUUAUAACAAAUAAGUUCUGAGUCAGCAAGAAUUAACUAAAACCCCAAACAGCGUGAUAUUUCUGUAAAAAUUCAAUGAUGGCCACAACCUUUGGAGUUUACACGAUGAAUAUCAAAUUUAGAUUAGACUCCAUGUCUUCUUUCUAAAUACAGAAAGUUUUGUCGCAGAAUUUACCGCAAAGUAUCCCCCAACCCAAACUAACCUAACUUUUAUCAAAAACUUAUCAGAUAAAGCAUUACCACUUGUAAAGGUGCUGGUUGAAAAAUGUGAGACUGGGAGUUUUUUGGGAUUUGACAAAUAGCACUUUAAAAGCACUGUUUACCCCGUUUAAGAAUCCUCUAAGUAAAGUUUCAGUGCAUUUGCAUAUUAUAUUUAUUAUAUUCGUAUUACAUAUGUAUGUGAUUGUGUGUAAGCAUGUGGUUGCUAAUUAUUAUUUAAGCUGUUUUAGCUGUCUUCAAAAAUGCUCCAAAUUUGUAGGCAAAAAGUACGUUGAAACCAUAAAACGAAAUUGAAAUAGAAAAAAAAACUCUUGUUGGCGACACAAAUCGAAACUAUUUGUGAAAUUAUAAUUUGCAUAAAUCAAUUAUUUAGGAAUAUACUUAUAAAAUUAAGAAUUAUAUUUAAAUAAUACUAAAGUACAUGAAUACAAUAAUUAUAUGCAACGAAGAUUUAUGUAAAAUUAUUGUGUAGAUAGAUUAAGCGAGCAAGGGCUGUUUAAAUAUGAAUUUAAUUUCCCAUACCACAAAUCAUACAAACUGAAGUAUUAAAACUCAUGUUGACCGUUGUUUUUAUUAUUUAUAAUUUUUUCUGAGGAAUGCAAUAACUCGAAAAUUAUUAUAUUAGUUAAAGUUAUAUUAUACUACGAGUGUGACAAUUAGUUACAGCAUACAUUGAUUCGCUGUCUAUACAAAUAUGCUUUGUUCAUAGAGACACUGAAUCUACAUUGAGAUCAGUUCUAAGGUUGCGCCUGUUGUCUCUGAGGCUGCUUCACUGGUAGUAUCUGUGGCGAGACAUUGACACAGUCGAUGCAAAUGUCGAGUCCUGUUCAAAAGCGUCGGAAAGUUGGUAUUUGAGUCAUCGCAACUAGAAGAACUGGAUUUCAAAAAGCAGACUUUAAUCAGGGAACUUCCAUAUUAUCUAUUUAUAUGCGCUCCCACAACUGUAUGCUGUAUUUUAGCAAUUUUUAUCCGUACAAACAGAUCUUUUUGGAAAAAUAUUAUAUUUUUUGGUUGUAAGAGCUAUUGCUAAUGUGAAUUGAAGUCAAUGUCAAACCGUAAGUUUCCAAAUAUACAAAUGUAGAUCACUGGAAAAAAAAAUAAUUAUCAACAGUCAGGUUCGGUUGAAAGGUUGUUCCUAAGAGGGAUCUCACCCAACAUUAUCAGCAAUAGUUACUUACAGCCAACUUUUGUAAUGUUUAAGUGUGUACGUAUAUAUAUAUAAAUGUAUGUAUAUGUGAUAUUCGACCUUUUGUAAGUUGAAACAUUUUUAGGCCAUAUUACAUUGGCCGGGAGCAAAACAAAAAACAAAAAAAAACGAAAAGCUGUGAGGUUCAUUGUUGUCUCUCCGUGAAAAUUUUAAAUAUUUUCCUUUUUAUAUUUUUGAAAUAGUUUUGGAAUUAAAUGAUUUAUUAUUCCUUUGUAAAUACAGUAAAUUCUCCUCAUUACUUAUUCAUUUUAAUAACAUAAUACAUAUAAUAGUUACAUACAUGUAUAUGACUUUGUUAUCAUUGAAAAUGCAUAAAGCGCUCUCUUUUAUAAAAGUGUACAAAUUGUAUGUAUGUAAUUGUUUAAAUACAUACAUAUACACCACAACUGUAAGAUAUUUACGAGAAAAUGAUCAUCAUAUACAAACAACUCUAUUUUGAUGCGUUUUAUUAUAGUGAACAAAUGUAAGAUUUGAUUUUUUGAAAUACAUACAUACAUAUAUACUAACUGCAAUACAAGUAUUGAUUAACUAAAUUAUAAAAUAAAAUUAUUUCCAUACCCAUUAUCCAGAUUUAUUAAGAGUAAUGAAUACAUUCCGGCAAAAAAUCGUAGUAAAUGUAACAGAGAUAUGUAUAUGUAAGCAAGCCACCGAUUUUCGCCAACGAGAUUUGAUUACCGAAGUCAUUAAGAAAAUCUACUGGAACAAUAUUAUAUGUUGUUGUUGCAUUUUGCUGGCACAUACUUAAGUACUCGUAUGUGUAUAAAUCCAUAUGUAUAUUAAAAAGUAUUUAUUUUCAUAGCAGUUAACAGCAGAAAUCAAAAUUAAGCACACAUAUACAUAAACACAUACAUACACACAUGUAUGCAUGUGUAAAUUAGAUUUGUAUGAGGCGAAAAGUGUUUAUAUCAUUUGGAAAUUGGUAUUCAAAAUUGUUAAAAAUUCAAAUGAAAUUGUAGCGCAAAAUGGUUUCACCGAAAUUGUUGAGUAUUUUUUACUAUAUGUGUACGAUAUUUACUUAGUACAUAUGUAUGUGCAUAUGUGUUUACAUAUGACAAAAACGAUUUAUUAUUAUUCGUGCAUCCGCAUAUAGAUGUGCUUAUAUAUAUAUACAAAUACCCGUUUAUAUACUAAAUGCAAUCAAAUGCCAGUCAACGGAUCGCCCGUCGAAACGUCGAAAUACAUUAUUCGAUGGCAUGAAAAUAUUCCAAACUUCCUCUUCUUAUAAUUUCUUAUUUAUUAUUCCUCCUCUGGUACACAUAAUAAGCGCUGAUCCUUUUUGUGUUUAUAUUAACGAAGGUUAAUAUUAACUUCUAAUUAAAUUUGACAAUGGAAAAGAAAAAUUUACUUUCCACUAUGUGCUUAGCCUAGCAUGUCGAACCGAUGGCAGCUUCAUGUCUUAUGUGCUAUGAAACAAUUUCUGCUUUUUCAUCGUGCCAAUUUACUUUCUUGUUUUAAUAAAUACUUUUCUGAAGGAGAAUUUAAACUCAUCAUUUCUCAUAAAAGAAUUUCCAUAUAUGUUAUAUCUUGCAUGUUUCUUUUAAUAACCUCAAAUUCUCAAUUCAAAAUUGUUGCCCUUUUCGUUUCCGCUAUAAUUGCGUAGAUUGCGCGCUUCAGGAAAUCACAUCUUAAGUAAUGGUAACUGAAACAUUUUCGUCACACUUAACUGUUUAUUUUAAAAUAAUUUGUCAUCCAAGCCUGCAUCCAACUUAAGGAGCUAUUAUACCAGUGUGACACUUUCAAAAAAAAAUUUUUUUAUUUGAUUUUUCCAUAGCUUAUAUUUCCAUAAAUAUCCUGUGAAAUCGGGAAGGUCUUAUCUUGAAUAAUUUUUGGAUGACAGCGUUCUAAAGAGCGACCGCUCGGAGAUGCAUGCAUAUAUGUAUAAGUGGAACUUUAAACGCGUUUUUCUCAAAACGACAUUUUUCAAAAUUGCUGGCGUCAUAACUCAACGACAAAUUAAAACAGAGUAUUUUUGAAUACAUUUGCUAUACAAUGACUUACGAUCUUUUUGAUUGAUUGAAAUUCUGUUUACUCCUGACUUCCACGUUAUUGCGAGUUGCCUCAAACGAAUUAUGUGCACCUUCGACUUAUCUUUAUUAUGACAGUCACAAAAGGUUAGGCAUUAUAAAAUGUCAAAUCCGAAGACAGAUUCUUCCCAAUUUUUUAUUCUUAAGUUAUUAGGCGAAGUAAUAAUAAUAUGUAGAGGGCACAAUAGACCAAAUAUCUAAGUAAUAAUAUGCUGUUGAGUAUAAACAUUAUUCAAUGAGACAUGCUAGUCGUAAAAAACGACUAAUGGAUUUUCCAAUACAGUAUAACCUGAAUGUCGCAGCCAUUUUACGAAGACAUAAACCAUAAAUUUGUAUUGUUAUGCCUCGUUUACACUUGCCUUUUUAUGAAAAAUAUGUAAUACUUGUCAAUAUAUCUACAAUUAACUCAAAAAAAGUCUAUGUAAAUAUUUUUUUGUAUUCGAAAAAGCAUAUUGCAGACAAAACCAUAUGAGAAUGCAUUGGUUUGACAUGGCACACCCUGUAUUUCAGUAAAAUUUUUUUUUAUUAAUUCUCCGUUAUUUUCUGAAUUUAUAAAACUUCCAUUCCUUCAAAUAAAAAUUUAACAUUCAAAAUUUUGUGAAUUGGUUUAAUCUAUAGCGAUCACGUCUUCAUUGAUUAUUUAUAUGAUAAUUGUUAAACAUAAGUAUAUACAUACGUAUAUACUACAUGCGAUCUUAUCGAAAACUACAAAAAUAAUUAAUUAAUAAUUUAUUAUAUUGAAAAGUGUAAAUGCUGAUCUCUACUGUGUUCUAUCUGAUUAACGAUAAAAAAAUAAGUGAGAAAAAUUUAUCGAAUCAAAAAAUUACAAAUAUGGCAUCAAGUUCAACUCAUAAAAACCAACACGAUUAUUGCAAAUAAAAUAUAAAAAAGUGUAAUAAAACAAAUAUAUAUACAUGCAAACAUAAAUAUAUACAUAGCCAUAAAUAUAGAGGUACAUAUAUUUUCUCUUUUGAGACGAGAUAGUUUUAAAAUUGAGACAAUGAAUAUUAAAAUUGUAUAAUAUGAAGCAGCAAACCAAAUAUUGUAUUGUAUUGUAUUAUACGAAUAUACCAUUAUUAAAAUGAUUGUUGAAAUGUGAGAAAUUAUUGUAAUUUAAACAAAUAAAUAUACUGAAUAUAUAUAAAAUAAUAACAAAAAUGAAAUGUGUCUUCAUAACAUUAACAAUGCAUGACAUACAUACAUACAUGCAUGCAUAUGAACUUCUAAAAUAUGUUAAAUGUACUUGUCGCAAUUUUCAAUUAAAACGAUAAUACAGCGGCGAUUGAAUUUUGAAAAAUCAAACACAUUUAUCUACGAGUACUAACGGUACAAGGCUGCACAUGUUCAUAUACAUACAUAUAUGUGGUAAUAUAUACUUGCAUAUGUGUGCAUUAUAGUGGUACAACCAAUCUGUGCAGACUUCACUUGCAACGAACCCGAUUUUCACACUCCACACGCCCACACACACACACUCAUUCACUCACUCAAAAUGCCUAUGUCCCAUGUAUCAAGGAACAUGCGCGUUGAAAGUGCAGAACUCAACUCGUCUACACCCAUUUGAACUAAGUCUCCAAUAAUGAAAAUCGAAAGCAAAAAAAUAAAAUAAAACAACAAAAAACAAAAAACAAGAAAAAACAGUUACAAAUAAAUAUACAAC